AUGUUUUUGGGGAUCGUCUCGGCGCGACUGCUCGCUGUUGUUCGUGUUCUUUGCCGAUUCGACUGCUUCCUCGACAAAUCCGACUACACCAUGGGCGACAUCAACGAUGGCCAUGGCGGUGCUACUGCGGCUGGUGCGACCUUCCUGGUCGCGGUGUGGAAUAGCUGGAACUACUUCGGGCUGUGGGAUAAGCAAGAAAAUAAUCCGAAAUAUCGUUUCAGUUCAUCACUAAAAAGCCCGACGUUUUUUCUACAGGGCAAUCUGGCUGCAAAUGCAUCGUCAUUUCCAUCAGGAAUAACGGCCUUGGCAGAUUAUGUGCACGCUCCUUUCAGACUGCGAAGCAAGUUGAUGCUCGGUUCGCUAGGAUAUGAAGAGCAAGAUGCGAGAACGUACGCAUCUUGGGGGAUUGACUACUUGAAGUAUGACAACUGUCACAACCAUAAUAUUAGUCCAAUAACAAGAUAUACCAAGAUGAGUGAAGCCCUACUGAGUUCUAGAAGGAACAUUUUCUUCUCCCUUAGCGAAUGGGGUGUGGAAGAUCCAGCAACAUGGGCAGGUGGCUUAGGAAACAGUUGGAGAACAGAAGACAUCAAGGAGACUUUUGGCAGCAUGGCGAAUAACGCUGACCAGAGCGACAAGUGGGCAUCAUAUGCAGGGCCUGGUGGAUGGAACGACCCAGACAUGCUGGAAGUAGGAAAUAGAGGGAUGACGAUGGAAGAGUACCGCAUCCAUUUUAGCAUAUGGGCUCUAGUCAAGCCACCUCUGCUGACUGGUUGUGACAUCCGAUCGAUGAGCAAUGAAACCAAGGAAAUACUCAGCAACCAGAAUGUCAUUGCAGUUAACCAAGGUAAAGACUCCUCCAAAAUGCUUGGGGUACAAGGGCACAAAGUGCAACAAGAUGGAUAUCUAGAAGUUUGGGCCGGUCGAUUAAGUGGAGGGAGAGUUGCUCUUGUGCUGUGGAACAGAGGGCCUGCUGAAGCAUCUAUUACUGCUAGUUGGAGCAACAUUGGUCUAAGUCUGCUAGCUGUUGUUGAUGCUCAUGAUCUGUGGGCAGAUGAGGUUACAUCAUCAGUGCAAGGCAGCCUGAAGAAAAAUGUGGAUUAUCAUGCGUGCAAGAUGUAUGCCUUGACCCCAAAAGAGAAAAGGAUUCUCAAUGUUACAUAUUAUUAUGAAAUAAUCAUUUCAAAAGAUAAUAAGAAAUCACCAAGAUUGGUAUGGGUGUGA